AUGUCGUUAUCUAACGUUGUUGCAAAUAACACUAUGAUGGGAGUUCAUAAGAACAACUCUGGCAUUGGUAAUGGGAAUAAAUCUCAAGAUAAUGAUACUGGAAAAGGAGGGGGUGAUACCGAUAACAACGCUGAAACAACGGAGCAGAAGACUCACUAUCAAUACGUUCUUGCCAUUGUCAAUCCAUUGGCUGGUGAAACCGGUACGUCGGGAUACAUUACUGAGAACCUAGUGUCGUUUUUUGGUGAGGAACGCGUGGUUCUGCUUAAUAAAGACCUCUUCGCCGAUCCCGCACCUUUACAUGAGGCCAUCCGCAAGUAUGCUGUGCGAUACAUGUCGGACGAAGAGGAAGAAGAAGAGGAAACAAAAGGCACGGAGGUGGAUGUUCGGUUGCCAACAGACGCUGUGGAUGAUCGUGGGACCGUCUUCGUUUCUGGUGGGGAUGGAACAGUUUCUUACAUUAUGGAUCAGAUGGACGCGGUGCGGGAGAUCGUAGAGAAGGAGGUGGGCAAUAACGCGCGCGGUGAAGCCACCCCACGGGGGAAACCAAUUUUUCCCGCUUUAGCGGUUCUUGCGUUUGGCACAGGCAAUGACUUUUCAAACUGUGUAGGGUUCGGCCGUGGUUACAGUCGUGGAGGCAAAUGUGGACCGCUGUGCAAAGAAGAUUUGAUUGAACAUUAUGUUCAAAAAGCCCUUACCGCUCGCAGUACACCGUUUGACCGCUGGGUGAUGCAAGUAGUGCCCAUGUCAGUGGCAUGCAGGCAAAAUGAGCGAGCCCAGCAGGGGGAUGGGGGGGAGGAGGAGGAGCCACAGUCGCCGGACGGACAAAAGAGCAGUGUGACGCAAGGUGGACUUCAUGAUUUGUUUAUUGAUUGGGACGCACUAACUGAUGACCCUGAUUGCAAGAUUUACCGCUUCAUUAACUAUGUUAGUGUCGGGUUCGAUGCAUAUGUGACACACAGGUUCAGCACAUUUCGCAAAAACAACCCAAAAUUCUGCAGUAAACGUUGGAGAAAUAAGGCCGUAUAUUGUUGUUUUAGUUUUCGUGCGGCGGUAAGUUGUUCCCCACUGAAGGGGUGUGUUCCGAGUGUUUGGGUUAGUGAAUCGACGUGUGGAGAAGGGGGAUACGUUUCCCCUGCCGGGAGUGGGUCCCACAUGACGAAUGUGCAACUUCCCAGUGGAAGUAAAACAUUAAUGCUUACCAACGUCACCUCAUACGCAGCGGGGACAAAACCAUGGAACGCGGGGAGCGGCAAACUGUACCGCAAAGGAUCAAGUAAGAGCACAGCUUCAAUCACACCGGUAUGUGUGAAUGACCGAAAGUUGGAGGUGCAAACUCACAGCGGCCUUAUCCACAUGGGAAUGAUGCAAAUGAAUGCGGGGAAAGGAGCAAACAAAAUUUCUCAAACCAACGACGUCAUCUUCUUCGUUUCGUGCUGCCCAGAGGACAUCUACAAGGGUAAGCAUCAACAACCACCGGCGCGUGAGGGGGAAGGAAAGCAGUCGAAGAUGAACCUGGAGGGCGCAGCAAACAACUUGAAGAAAGAAAGCAAGGAGUCAGUGUCUCUUUACGUACAGUUGGAUGGGGAACCUAUAAUGAUUAUUACCACCCCAAGUAUAGUACGGAUCAGGGAACUGCGCACACCCCGCGUAUACGUGCGUUGUCUGAAUGAAGAUGUGCUUCUCGAGUCACCAUCAGAAGAAGGAACAGAAGGGGAAGGGGCGUGA